AUGGCGUUAAGUAAUGGUCAUACCCCAGUAUCAGCGUUUUCAGUUUACAAAGUAACAGGUAGCAAGAAACGAAAGAAUAAGGAAACUUUACUUUCCCCCAAUGAACUACCAAUAAAAAAAGAAAAGAAGCACAAAACGAAACUUAGUAAUAAUGCGGAAAGUAUUUUAAUCAAAAAGAAAUCGAAAUCCACAAAAACCUCAUACAAAACUCACGAAACUAAUAAACCUGUAACGAAGAAGAGUCUUGCAAAAAAGCAGAAGGGAAAAAGCAACUUGAACGAUUUAAAAACUAAAAAGAAAAUAAGCAAUGAAGAAAUCGCUCCUACUCUAAUCCCUAUCGAAACAAACAGCGAUUUAUCCGAGCCAGCAUCGAACUCGAACCAAAUCGAUCCCACUCCUGAAGUCCUAAAGCUAUUCAAAUGGCUAAUAGCCCCAUUAAAGCCGAAGGAGUUCCUCGAAAAGUACUGGGAAACCGAGGCCUUCCACCAACAAAGAAACUCCGGCGACUACUACAAAUGCAUUCUAACCACCGAACGACUGGACAGCGUGUUCAGAGAGCACCCCUUGUACUACACCCGCAACGUAGACGUAGUCUCCUACGAGAACGGCGUCAAGGAGGUACACAACGAGGAAGGUAGGGUCGUGGCUUCGGCCCUGUACGAUUACUAUUCGAACGGCUGCAGCAUCAGGAUACUCAAUCCGCAGACGUAUGUGCAAAAGGUGCAUUAUUUGAUAACGGCGCUGCAGGAAUACUUCGGCAGCAUGGUGGGAGUGAAUGUGUACCUCACGCCGGCCGGCAGCCAGGGCUUCGCUCCCCAUUACGAUGACAUAGAAGCCUUCGUGUUGCAGCUGGAAGGCAGGAAGCAUUGGAAAUUGUACAAACCUAAGGGCAGUGAUGUUUUAGCUAGGGAUUCGAGCGCUAAUUUGAAGCACGAGGAUAUAGGGGAGCCGUUUAUGGAGGCUACGUUGAAUGCGGGUGAUUUGUUGUAUUUUCCCAGGGGCACCAUUCACGAGGCUCGGACUGACUCGGAGGCUCACUCGUUACACAUCACGGUGUCGGUUUAUCAACGAAAUUCUUACGCGGAUUUACUUGAACAUAUCCUGCCGAAGGCUUUACAAGAGGCGUCUUUGAAUAACGUAGAAUUUAGGAAAGGUCUUCCACUUAACUACCUGAAGUAUUCGGGAUUCGUAAACAGGGGAUUAAAAUCUGAAAAGCGAAAGAGUUUAAUUGAAAAUGUUAACAAGCUCAUCGAUACUUUGAAAGAGUACGUAAAUGUCGAUUUGGCUGCCGACGCGCUAGGUCGUAGGCUCAUGUACGACUCGAUGCCUCCGUUUCUAUCUACAGAAGAGGCCAAUUUUACUUCUAAAUACGACGGUGAUUUCAUGCAAGAUGGGAAAAUCGUUAAUAGAAUUGAAAUCGGAAUGGACACUCAAAUAAGACUAGUGAGAUUCUAUUGCCUACGUUUAGUAGUCGAUGGCGAUUCCGCUAAAAUAUACUACAGCACGGAGAACGCUAAAUAUUACCACGGAGAAGAAGAGCAAUUCCUAAGUAUCGAUCUCGGUUUGGUGCCUUGCAUAAAAAAGCUGCAAAGAAUGUACCCCAAUUACAUAGAAGUGGAGGAUUUACCGAUAGAAGACGGCGUUGCCAAAGCGCAGUUAGUUUCCGAUUUGUGGGAAAGAGGAUUGCUCGUGACGAAUGGGCCUUUACCUCUUGCUUUUGGCGAUGAUGAUGAUCACGAUGAUGGUAGUUUCGAAUUAGUUGAAUAA